AUGACUGAAACAGAUCUCAAAUUAUUCGGUCAAACGAGCGAUGAAUUCAUUAAUGAAGAGUUGAUUCAAAGAGAAGACAAUACAAGACAUGAAACACAAGACAAUAGAGAGAAGACAAGCGCUGAAGAAGUGGUCGAUUCUGAAGACAAUGAAUCAAAUGAUGGCAUCGAUUGUCAUAUUAAUGAUGAAACAAAUGUUGGAAGUGAUGCCGAAGAUAACCAUUUAGUGAAUAACGACAAUACGACAGAUGAAACACAAACCAAAUCUGAGACUUAUUUAAAGCCAGAAGUUAUAGAAAUACUAAACUACACAUUAAUGGUUAGCGAAGACAAUGACAGCCAAUCUGAAGAAUAUAGACGUGAUUUGAAGGACGAUAUGAACAAUGAAUUGAAUGACAGCCAAAAUGGGAGUGAAUUAAACACUAAAUCUAAUGCCAAACGAAAACACAAAUCAAUUAAAUGUAAAGACAAUGGCAGCGAAACUGAAGAAUACGGUUCCGGUUUGAGUGACAAUGAAAUGGACGAUAAAUCGGGCGAUGAAUGUGUGGGUGAGAAGGGUGUGGACAAAGGACCCGACGGGAAGUAUGCGUGCGAUUACAAGGAUUGUAAAAUGUCUUUCAAUUGGCCCUCAGCUCAAAGAAGUCAUGCGUUUUCACAUUUGAACGCAAAGACCAAGAAAUCAAUGAUCUAUAAGAAUAGAUCCGACGGUCGAUACGAAUGUCUUAUGAAUGCCUGUAAUGCGGUCUAUAAACGCAUUGAUAGCCUUCGAAGCCAUCAAAUGUCACACUUGAAUGAGCCGUUUGCAGAAUAUUAUGGAUCAGAUUUGAGUGACGAUAAAAUGGACGACCAGUGGAUUGGAUGGAAACCCACCCGAAAAGGACCCGACAAUGAGUUUGUGUGCGACUAUAAGGACUGCGAGAAGUCCUAUAAAAAGGCGGAAAGUUUACGAAACCAUGCAUUCAGUCAUUUGAGUGCAAAGCUUAAGAAAUCAUUGGCUUUUAAGACCCGAUCCGAUGGCAUAUAUGUGUGUCUUUGGGGCGAAUGUAUUAAGACAUGCAAAACUAUCGAUCAAAUCAGAGGACAUCUAAUGUCACAUUUGGAGGACCCGUUAAAGUGGUCGCAGACCUGUUGUCGAAAUGUAUUGGCAGAUGUAUUAAAUGACGAAUCAAUUGAUAGCCAAAGAGUGAAUGAAUUAAAUACAGAAACUAAUGGCAAACAAAAACACGGAUUAGCGGAGAGUGAAGAUAAUAACAGCAAACCAGAAGAAUGUAGUAUUGGUUUGAGUGACAAUGAAAUGGACUAUAAAUCGUGCGACGAAUGGAUGGGUGAGAAAAGACUGAAAAAGUGCCGCAAUGGGAAGUAUGUGUGCGACUACAGGGGCUGCGGUCUGUCCUUCAAUUACCCUCAACGCAUACGUGAGCACAAGUUUAAGCACUUGAAUGCGAAGAUCCAGAAGUCAAUGGCGUUUAAAAAGAGAUCCGACGGCCGAUACGUAUGUCUUAUGGGCGCCUGUAAUGAGACAUACAAAGAACUUCGUAGACUCAGAGGCCAUCAAAUGUCACACUUGAAUGAGCCGUUAAAGUGUCCGCAAACUGACUGCCCGUUCGUAGCCAUCACUCGAGUGGCCCUUCAAAAGCACGUGAAGACACACCCGAAGCCAUACGCGUGCGACACGUGUGGACUAAAAUGCAAAGAAAAGUUUAUAUUAACUCAACACAAGCGCAUACAUAACGACGCGUCCAAAUUGCGGUGCGAUUGGCCGGAGUGUAACCGACUAUUUGUAUAUAAACAUCAAUUAAGAUAUCACAUGAACACACAUACGGCUAACGUUAGCCACCCGUGCGAAUGGCCCGGUUGUGGACACACUUACACUAAUAUACGUUCUUUAGUAAUGCACGUGAAGAGAAUGCAUAAAGGGAUGGCUGACUAUCAGUGCCAUUGGCCCGGAUGUGAUUAUAAGACCACAAAUGGUAUUCGACUUAAAAAUCAUUGA